UUGAAAAUUAGAGUGCGGUUAUAAUUAAGGGGUGUGUUAAAAUUUAAUUGACUCAAAACUUCAUCCCUAACCUUUGCCGCCGGCCAGCCACCAAAGCAAGCUCCACAAUGGCUACUAUACCAGUUAAUCCAAAGCCAUUCUUGAACAACUUGACCGGGAAGACUGUUAUAGUCAAACUUAAAUGGGGCAUGGAAUACAGAGGGUUUCUUGCGUCAGUUGACUCAUACAUGAACUUACAGCUAGGCAACACCGAAGAGUUUAUUGAUGGACAAUUCACUGGAAACCUUGGGGAGAUUUUGAUCAGAUGCAACAAUGUUCUGUAUCUUCGUGGUGUGCCAGAAGAUGAAGAAAUAGAAGAUGCGGAUCGCGACUGAGUAAUGUAUUUGAGAUGUAAUUGAAAUAGUAGAACUUUAAGCCACAGUUGGUACAGAUUUGUAGCUCAAUUCUGAAAUUGCGCGACACAUGUACCGUGUACCUUAACUAGUUGAGAUGGCUUAACUUUUUGCAUUUAAUAGAGUACAUGUGAAACAUUUCUUGGUCAAAAAUUAUGUUCAACCUUCAAACUUAA